UUCCAAGCGGAGCCCGACCUCACCUGCCGCCCGUCCGGGAAGGGGAGGCCGGCCAGAAAGGGGGGGUGGGGGGCUCUGCCCGUAACCAGCCCCCCAGGAGCGGUCCAGCUAUGUGGGGCUGAUCCCAGGGGAGCGCGGCGAGCGGGGGCCCGAACAGCUCGAGGUUCCCAGGGACCCGGACGCCUGGGUUCUUGUUUUGGACAGAGACAGCAGCUCCAGCCCAGGGCAGAAGACGCGCCCCGGGGAACAACGGGCCCAUCGGCCUGACGGGGAGCCCGCGCCUGGUGCGGGACUCGGCGCAUCCGGCGUUAACGGAGGGAAACGUGAUUGAUGCCGGUCAACGUGGGCUUUCGGAAAACAGGUCCCGUUGGACGAGCUUGAGACCUGCGUUUGCCGAGAUCGCCGGGGGGGGCGCGGAUAAAGGGACGCUGAGCCAGGAUGACGCGUCACGGCAAGAACUGCACGGCUGGCGCCGUGUACACCUACCACGAGAAAAAAAAGGACACGGCUGCCUCUGGUUACGGGACGCAGAACGUCCGUCUGAGCCGAGAUGCCGUCAAGGACUUCGACUGCUGCUGCCUGUCCCUGCAGCCCUGCAAGGAUCCCGUGGUCACGCCUGACGGAUACCUGUAUGAGAAGGAGGCCAUCCUGGAGUACAUCCUGCACCAGAAGAAGGAGAUCGCCCGGCAGAUGAAGGCCUACGAGAAGCAGAAGAAGGAGAAACGGACGGAGCUGGAGGAGCUGAGCCGGGCGGCCGAGGAUGCCAAGGUGAAGGGCUUCCUGGCCAAGGAGAUGAGCAUCGUCAGCAAACCCCUGAACCCCUUCGACCACAAAUCAGGGGACCCCCAGCCCGGCCCAAGCAGCGCGGAGGAGGCCAAGCAGCUGCCCAGCUUCUGGAUCCCAUCGCUGACCCCCGAGGCCAAGGCCAGCGUGGUGCGGAAGCCGGACCGGUGCGUGUACUGCCCCAUGAGCGGCCGGCCCCUCAAGCUGAAGGACCUGACCCCGGUGUGCUUCACACUGCUGGACCCGGCGGUGGGUCGCGUCGGGCUCAUCAACCGGCAGGACCGAUACGUCUGCGCCGUCACCCGUGACAUGCUGGGCAACUCGGUGCCCUGCGCCGUCCUGCGGCCCUCGGGCGCCGUGGUCACCCUGGAGUGCGUGGAGCGGCUGCUGAAGAAGGACAUGGUGGACCCGGUGAACGGGGAGAAGCUGCGGGAGGACGACAUCAUUGUGCUGCAGCGGGGCGGCACGGGCUUCGCUGGAUCCGGGGUGUGUCUGGAAGCCAAGAAGUCUCGCCCUGUCAUGCAGGCCUAGCCCUGCCCCCUUCUUCCCAGGGGCUUGUGCCACACGGGGUGGGGGCAAGUCGUUUUAACCUGGGGACCCCAGCGCCGCUGCCUGCCCUCCUGAGCAGGGAAACUGAGGCAGGCGCUGGGUCAGCGUGGGCGGAGGGCGGCCCUCUGCCUCCGCGCUGCUUGUAGUGUGUGUCAAUAAAGCCGUGUGUCACCCAUA